AUGUUGGGAAAAAUUAAAACGAAACAGGAAAAAGGAGGUAAAUAAUAAAUCAAUUAAUCUAUCGCUUUUUCAACAUUAAAUUUAUUCUGUUAGAUAGUUUCUCAUAGGUUAUAUUUUUAUUUGUUAAUAUUAUAUAUAAGUAUAUAAAUGUCAUGAUUUAUAUGGAAUAAUUUUUAUUAUUUCAUAAUUUGUCCAGAUAUAAUUUUUAUAAAAUUGCUUAUUAACAAAAUUUAAAUUUAUUUGUAUUUCAUUAAAUAAAAUAAUUUUGCUUUCUCAUUCUUUAAAUUAUUCAGAAAUUCAAUAUUACUUUCAUAUUGAGUAAAUCCAUCCUCUGAUAUUAAAUUUAUUUUUCUUCCUCUCAGAAAUUAUUGCAUAUAGUGAAUCAGCUGUUGUAAAUAAUGCUGCUGUGGUAGAAUAUUGUAGGAUAUCAAUGGCAGCAUUAUCAGGAAGUACAGCUGGUUUAUUAGGAUUAACUGGAUUAUAUGGCUUUGGUUUCUACAUUUUUGCUGUAUUUGGUUUAUGGGCAAUGUUAUUAUUUAAGGCUGGAAGUCAAUGGAAAAAAUAUUUCAUAAGCAGACGAAAUCUUCUAACUAGUGGAUUUUUUGGAGGCCUUUUUGUAUCCUUUAUAUAUCGUCCAACAAAGAAAAAUGGUUCGAGUAUUAAAUAUUUAUUAACGGGUAUUUUCCUUAGCAAAAUUUAUUAUCAUAAAACAGACAUAUGUACUGUUUUGGACGUAUCCUUUUAAACAACUGAAUAUUUUUAUUUAAAUAUAAGAAUAUGUUAUAUAUUUAUAUAACUCGUUAUUGUGCUUUAAAUUUAUAUUUGUAUAUUAUAUAUUUUCUUUAAUAUAUAUAUAUUAUAUAUUUUCUUUAAUAUAUAUAUUAUAUAUUUUCUUUAAUAUAUAUCAGAUUUUUAUAUGGUAUGGUACAUGUAUACUGAUUGA